GAGCAGUUUAAGUAGAGAGAGAACAUUUCUUUUCAUUCGUCUCUCUGUUUGUAUCAUUCAAGCUUUCUCUCUCUACUUUCUCUCUCUUACCUCUUUCAUAUGCACUUUCAUCUUCUUCAAUUCUUCAAAUAUUUACAAUCUUACAAUUUUGUUGAUAAUUCCUGAAGAAAAUGCAAUGAAAAACAGAGUAUUGAUGAAUUAUGAGUGUAGUUUUUCUCUGUAGUUGACGAUCUUGAAUGAGCUUUAUUUUGUUUCUGGAUUUUGGUGCUGGAUUUUUAAAGGUUUGUGGUUUUGUUUCAAUGGCGGGAUUCGGAAAUUAAUCAUUUAAAUUCGGAAAUUUGUGGUAAAAUUGAUUAAAAUGUGUGAAGUUUCAUGAUAGAAAUUUCAUCCAGGUUGAAAAUUUUGAUAUAGAAUUGGACUAUUGAACAAUUGAAUGAAUUAAAACUUGUUGUUGAUCAAAUUUUGGCUAACAAAUUUAUCGCAUUUCUGGUAAAAAAUAGACUAUUUUUGUUUAAAUUUCUUCUGUUUUACAGCUACUUUUCUGGAAAUCGAUAGAUUUCUUCAGUUCUGCGGUUGAAUUCAAAGAGAAAAACAGCGAUUUGAAAGCUCAAUAGUACAGAAGAAUCAAUAACAAAGAAGAGAGAGAAACUGCAAUUACUGUGCAUUGAAGAAUCUUCUACAUUUUCCUCCUAUUUUUAGAAUCCAAACAUUGAAGCUGAGAUUUAAUUUUCCAUUUCCAAAAAAUCGCAAGUUUAAUCUUCAGGUGUAGUAGAUGGAAAAGGAAGUGGUAAAGAAUCAUCAUCACCAGCUGCAACAACAGCAUCAUCAUCAUCCCCACAACAAUAAUACUACUACCUCAACUAGUAGUCUUAGGGAGAAGCACAUAAUUGGGGAGGGAUUCAUUAGGCCUCCCCAAUCGGCGGAUUUCGUGUUGCGGUGGGGUAGCCGGAAGCGUCUCCGGUGUAUGAAGAUCCAGGUUAAAAAUGACUCCGCCCCGGUCACCACCCGGACAACUGUCCGGGUGGACCGGCGGGUAGUUAGAUCCGAUAAUAAUAAUAAAGAUAAUAAUAAUACAAUUGGUAGUGGUAAUCAUCCUGCAAAUGGGCAUUUUAAUCUCCGGCAACGGCCUGCAUCUCCAGCUCGGCCUCCUUCGCGAAUUCUCAGGAAUUCAGAAGUUGGAUCAGCAAUGAAGGGGCAGCAUAGUAAUGGAGGAGGAGGGAUGAGAGGUUUGGGUUCACCGGAGAGAGAAAAGAAAGGUGGGUCCCACCAUCAUCAUCAGCAGCAGGAAAAUUUGGUGAUGAAUGGUGGAGGUAAAACGGCGUCGUCUGAGACCAAAGGUGGUGGGUCGUCUUCGGGCGGUGGAAGCGACGUCGUUUGGCCACCUAAAUUUAUGAUCGCUCUUACUAAUAAAGAAAAAGAAGAGGAUUUUAUGGCAAUCAAAGGUUCUAAGUUACCUCAAAGACCCAAAAAGCGUGCUAAGUUUGUUCAACGUACCCUCAAUUUAGUGAGCCCUGGAGGUUGGUUGUGCGAUCUAACUUUGGAGCGCUAUGAGGUGCGAGAGAAAAAGAUUACAAAGAAGAGGCCGAGAGGAUUGAAGGCAAUGGGUAACUACAUGGAGUCGGACUCUGAUUAAUAGUUGUGGUAGGGUUGUUCUUUCAUACUAAGUAUAAGUUAUGGUAGCGUCAUCAUAUUGAUGGAAAAGGAAGGAAAUUUAUGUAAAUUAUCACUUUUUCAUCCCAUGAAAGCAAUGACGAAGAAAAUAGAUUUUUGUUUUCUGAUA